AAUGUCGGCGCUUGAUUUAAAUCUUUGUGCCGCAAUUCGAAGUAGCAUAGCAAGUCUUGAAAAAACUUUAAUAAGGGAAAAUGCCUUGAAUUCCUUAGUUGAUAGUGUAAAUAAUCAUAUUCCAACGAUUAAGCCUGAACAAAUGACCGAUAAUUCGAAAUUGAGAGAUGAGACGAAAGAUUUAGUUGACGGAUUUUUGGCGUAUUUAUGUACUAAUUUUAUCGGAACAAACACUCCAAAUGGGUAUCCUCAAAUUCCUUUUGUGUACUCUGCUUCGUGGAACAAAGUACGAUUUACCAAACUUAAGGGAUUAUAUGUUGAGGAAGAUAGAAGGGGUACAGUAUGGUCAGCCAAGAAAUUAACUUUAGUAGAAUUUGCACGUUUUGUAGCAGUUUUAAGUAAAGCCAGUAAGCUUCUAUAUAAGAAUGGUUAUGUUACCAAGAGAGAUUUUUAUUAUUCUGAAGUAAAACUUUUUGGAUCUGCUGGAGUUUGUUAUAAAGUUUUGGACACAGUAUCUGAAAUUUUGAAUAUACCAGUUUGGAGAAUGCAUUUCCUGGCCGGCGCGAAAGGAUAUGCUGCUGGGAGUUUAAGUUUUAAGCUUAAUGGCGAAGUAGUAGACUUUUCUAACGCUAUUGUCGAUGGAUACCACAUUUCCCCUUUAACUUUUAAUGCCACAGAAUGGAAAAGCAACGCCAAAUUUGUUCUAAUUGUCGAAAAAGAUGCGAUGUUCAAGAGAUUACUGAGAGAUAAUAUUUUAGAAAAGUUGGGCCCUAUGAUUUUAGUUACUGGUUGCGGAUAUCCAGAUUUUGCAACUAGAAUUUUUUUGAAUUUACUCUGGAGGGAAAUUCAAAAGCCCAUGUUUGUCAUAACGGACUGUAACCCUCAUGGAGCUGUUAUUAUGAGCGUUUACAAGUACGGAACUAAGAAUCAAUCGUCAAAGUAUCAAAACUUGACAGUUCCGCAGAUAAAAUGGUUAGGUGUUCACCCAACUGAUCUUAUAAAAUAUAAGAUCAAGCCGCAAUAUUUGCAAACUUUAACGAACGAUGAUAAAAAAGCAUAUAGGACUUUCAAAGACGUCUGUGAAAAGUAUAAGGAAGAUGCAUGGCUUACGCAGGUAAUAUUAAUGCUUAAGAUAAGUCGAAGAUUCAAGUAA